ACUUGUUGCAUAGUACAUACUUCCAUGGCCCACACCCCCGUCACCCUCUCCUACAACCGUAAAGUGAAAAGCGCGAAGACUACGAGUAGUACGAUAGCAGCCAGCAGACGACGCUGAGAUAGAUUCAAAACUAAUACUAUAUCCAGUUUUCUCUCCCACGCGCGAAGUAGCGGUCAGCGGAGGCUUUCAGAAGCAGUGGAUAUGGCGGACAUGAGAGAAAAUGAAAGAGAUAGAGGCGCAGAGUUACCGGUAUUCCCUUCCGCCAUUCCUUCCGGCGAGCAAACUGUAUGGGCCGACGUUUCACCCCUUCUUCAGCACGCCUGUGAAGAUCUUGAGGAUGGAGAACUCAUACAUGGAGAAAAUUUCAAUCUUCAUGCUGCCAUGUCAGCAUUAGAGAUAAUGGAUCCAAAGAUGGAUUCUGGAAUGGUUCGUACAUACUACUCUGUUGAUGAAGCAAUCGAGUGCGGUGUUGCCCCUGUUCCUCUGAGUGUUGAUAGAACCAUUGAUGUUCAACGCAUAAUUGACAUUAUGGAUCAUCUUUUUGCUUGUGAGGCUACAUGGCAUAAAGGUCAAGCACUAGCACAGACUGUAUUUUCAUGCAUCUACCUUUUAAGGCCUGAUAGAACAUCAUCAUAUCCACUACUACAUUCAUUUUGUCAAGUCACACGUGCUACUUGCAAUGCAGUUGUUUCCACAGUCUCGGAGGCACGAACAAAUGAAGAGGAAGAUCUAUUCACAAUGACGCACGGAUUGCCAUUGAAAGUGGAUGGGGAUGAUAAAUGCUUAACAAUGUUGCAUGCAGUAGAUGAAACUGUUUCUCGCCAAUUACGUGCUUGCAAAGCUCCAUUUGUUAAGAAGAGAGUUUUAGAAGAUAUGGAGCCAUUACAAACUAAUCUUGAUCUAGAAGAAGGAUUCUGCAAAGCUUUGUUGUGUCGCUUACGCUUUCGUAAGUACCUUUACCAUGUUUUGACAAAUAUGAAGAGACCUCAAGGCAGAGGCUUUGAAUUGGCAAAGAAACACAUUGCUUCUUGCUUACAAGAGUUAGAUUCCAUGCUUAAAAUGGAACAUUUCCUGAGUCAGAGCAAUUCACCAACAAAUGAUGCAAUAGAAGAUAAAACAACUGCCUCUGGUUGUGCACCUUUUGGAUUUGAUUCUACUUUAAACAGCAGGUUAUCAGCUCCAGCUCCACCUCGCACAAUUAAGAUACUUAGCUGGAAAAAGGCAAUUGAUUACUUCAGAAAGCUUCUUCAUGAGCUGGAUUAUAUAUGCUCCCACAAUUUGGAUCCGGUGUUUGAAAGUGCUUUGCACUUUGUAGUCGAGUUUCAGAAGCUGCAACCUGAAUUAGUUUCUAGAGCUCAUCUCCAGCAUUUGCUGAUUCAAGAUGGGAAGCUCUAUGGACGUGAUUCACUCUUUGCUGUGAUCUGCAAUGCAGCUUUAUUGCCUUCAGCUGCUAAGGACCAUACUAUCCAAAACAUUGAAACUUUCUCCCAACUUGGGCUGUUAUUGAUCACUUUGCUAAGGGUUCUUUGUACGAAUCUUGCUUGGCAAAGGCGUAAACUUGGGAAAACUUUGCAAGAUUGGCGGAUCAUUUAUGUACAGUUAGAACUGGCUUUCAGGAAGGAGUUCGGAGAAACUUGUAGUAAUCUAUAUGAUGAGAAUAUUUGUGCAAAAAUAUUCAAGUACAUUCUUGUAUGGAUAGAAGAGCAGACAUACUGGAUAGCCUACCGUUUUCUUAUAUUGGGCUUUGAUCUUGAGCUAUAUUCUACUAGUGAAUACUGUAUGGUGUAUUGGUACAUAUAUGUUAUCUUGAUCAAGCUUACAGAAAAAACCCACUUCAGAUUGAUGGCGGCAAGCAAUGAAAAUGUUAAGCGGAAAGGGAAGAAGCGAGAUUUGAUGAAGAAUGGGGCAAGAGAUUUUCCUCUUCCACCAGCAGUGCUGUUUCUCCAAUGCAAGCUAAAUAUAGUUGAAGGUCUUACAAUGAUGCUUGCAGCUUUGAAUAAUGACUUGAAGAUCUAUCAAAAUGUGGGACCUUUCAACACAGAACUUGAGAGAUUUAUGCAGCAUUUUGAGCUCCUACAGAAAGCAUGCAUCCCUGAUCAUGUAUCUUAUUUUUCUUUCAAGGCAGCAACAGCUCAUGCUCGUAUAUCUAGUGUAGCCAUGUACAAUAUCUUCAAAGACGCUCAAACAAUCUCAAAGGAACUGAGAAGCAGCUUUUCUAGCAACCCUAUCAAGAUGGCAGAAAUUAAAGGCAUAGAACAGGUAGCAGAACACAAUGCCGUCGCUAUGAAUCUUAUCAGCCGAUUAGGCACUCUCGACUCAUCACUCAAGGUUUACUUCGAAUUCAGCCACCAUCCUUACUUUGCUACUGCCAUUGUGAAGAGAUCUUGAAACUUAUCUCCCAAUUUUUUUCCCCAUAGUAACCCUUCUCACACCCCCUUGCUAGAACAGGGUAUUAGAGAGAAAGUUUUCCAGUAGAUGGUGUAGUAGCUACUAGCUAGCAUUCCCCAGUUUUUUGUUAUUUGAAAUGUCAAAUUCCACCAUUUCUCCAUUCACUUUCAAUAUUUUUUUCUCAAUAAAUGUACUGAACGAUAUACUUUAUAUGCCUCAAGGAAAGAUAUUCUUUAACUUGUAGUGUGCAAGAUAGAAUGUUCAGGAUACUGUAACAUAGAUUGGGUAACUUAAUGAUUCACAAUGAUUUUGUAAAGCUUGAAACUGUCGUUGAAAGAAUUUAUUUAUUGCUGUCCUUUUAUAGAUUCUUGAAACACAUUGUAUAAUUUUUAUACUUUCUCUGUCUACCUGAGGAGGCAAAUGUUAUGAUUUCUUGUAUUGAGAAUUAUGAAGCUGUUGUGCGAA